UAGGGGGAACUGAGAACUCUGAAAGAACUGAGUUGCUCCUUGAAAGCAAGACCGAGAGGAGCAGGACAGGAGGAGUAGCGAAAAAAGCAGCUGAAAAGGCAUCAAAGAGUGGAGGAAAAUUCUCAUCUUUAUUCAAGCUAGCGAGUGUUAAGACCGUUACCCUUUCUGGACUAGUCGCUUUCCAAGAUCCCUAUUCUCACUAGUCAUCGUCACCGUCCAAGCACAAGACCCCAACAAUUGGACAGGCUAACAAAUUUCUCUCCGAAAGUCUCAAAUGUUCCAACAAACAUUGACUAGUCUUGAAGAAACAGAUUUGGAACUUCUCGAGGAGAGAGGACGAAGACGGGAAGAAGUAAUUCAAAGUUUUCAAUAGUGGAACAUCUUGAACAUUUUUCUUCGGCGUUGAUGCGCUUGUGUAUGGGGAUGCCUUCGGGGGCGAAAGCGUCCAAGGUCCUCCAGCUGUUUGACACGAGGAUGAUGUCUAGGAGAAUUCCUUCUGAAUUGAAUUUGGAUCUGACAGCGGAGUGAUUCUUCCAAACUCUGCUAGUGUUGUUCCACUUAUCUUCAGUGUGCCCCUCUCUUCCGAUCCCUGGGUGUGAUUCCGGUCAGCCCCAAAGCGCAAACUCCAAGAUGGCCGUUCUUCUCAAGGAUCGGAACAGAAGUCAGCGGUUUUAGUGUUGGCGGGACACUUGAAUCUGGGACAGAAAUGCCAUUCAUGGGGUGGCGAGGGAAGCUCUGCCUCAUGGGACUGGGGCUAAGUACGUACCUGGUGAUCUCGGCCGUAAUAUCAGUAUCAAACAUCACUACCCUGAACGGGUCACCCUCGUCUCCGCACGGAAAAGGCAUUGAGGCCACCAUUGGUAUCAUGAGUGACUCACUGAUCUCUCCGGCGAGGCUAAGCCAGCCUCGCAACUUGGCGGCCAUCGUCGGCAAAGGCCGCAUGACACCCCGACGACUGAGAGCUAGAAUGGGUCCGUCCAUAGACUGGUGCCAACCACUACGUCUCAAGACAGACCCGGGACCAAUGGUGGCCCUGGCAUCGUUCCCAGGUUCUGGGAACACGUGGCUCCGAUAUCUUAUUCAGCAAGCAUCCGGGAUUCUUACGGGAAGCGUAUACAAAGACUAUGCGCUCCUAAAGAAUGGAUUUCCUGCCGAGAAUAUUGUAAAUGGAUCGGUUGUGGUCAUCAAGACCCACGAGUUCGGCCAACAAAGCCUCCAGGCCUUCGACAAGGCCAUUCUUUUAGUCAGAGACCCAUUUUCCGCCCUACAAGCAGAAUUCAACCGCCGAUCAGGAGGUCAUGUGGGCCACGCUUCCAUUGAGAAGUACAGGCGCAACAACGGCAAGUAUUGGCGAACCUUCGUCCAUUCCAAAGGUGCUGAUUGGGAAAAGAUGAACCUGGCGUGGAUGGAUGGGUUUCCGCCACAAGACCGUCUCAUCGUGUUCUAUGACGAUCUCAUGAAUCAAACUGAGAUCGAGUUGCGUCGGGCACUCAAUUUCCUGAAUAUGUCAGUCAGCGAGGCCAUGAUGACUUGUGCUAUGUCCAAGCGUGAAGGCAUCUACAAACGCUCCAAGAAGGUCCUCAACUUUGAUGUGUUCGAUUCGGAUAUGAGGCAAAUGCUAACGGACCGACAAAGUCGUGUCUUUGGAAACUUGGGCCGAUCAAACCUCUUCCAAGAUGAGCCCUUAAAAGAUUCCGGAAUGUCAAUGCCCACGAAAGUGCCAAAAAAUUCUUCCUUGAACAAGUCCAGGAACACGAGCACACUACCAACUUUGAUGCUCUCAGCUGUUUUCAAGGCCAAAAAUUCUUGAUGAUCUAAAGGACGAAAAAGUGCAACCAGUGAUGCACCUGUGAUGUUUGAGUUGUUCAUUUACACUCGUAUUCCUUGAAGGAGCAAGGAUUUUCGCCGCCCUUUCCUCUCCUUCCCCAUCCUCCAACUUAUUACCAAAUUUGACCACAUGGCUUCUGCGGCUGAUGCAUGUCACAAUCAUAAAAUGGACUAUUUUGGUACUUGAUCAUGUGCAUGGCUUCCUUAGAACUAGUAGUCACCUUGAAAUGAGGAUUAUUCUAUCGAGGUGCCAAGACUAGAAGGCAAAAGAGAUAUCUAUCAGACCAACUUGAGCUUCACGACCAUUUCUGGCUAAUCUCUCCUUGAAGUAGCGCUUUGAACAACGAGAAAAAUGAUCACAGCCUAGGAAACAUAUCUCUAUCAGAUUACCUUUUCGUAUUGUUAGGGCUCUAACUUUGGCUAGAGGUGAUUUGAUCCGUAGUCUUUCAUGCACAAAUAGCAAAAUAAAGCAUCUUCAGUCGCUCUAGUUAACAAACGCAAGAACAUUGUUUUCCGAAGAAGCGCAGGAAGGCCUGCCUAAAAAAUAUUAUAAAAAGGAGCAAUGUGCAAACAGGUACUUAUGUAUGUCUCCACCUGACAAAGCAAAACCUCUGGAAGUUAUAUAUAAAUACUAUCAUGUACUCAGUCGUUUGUAUUUGUCAGACAAUAAAGAACUUAUGAACUGA